GUCCGCGGUCACACUGCAUUUCAGCCCGUCGUGAAAAUAAGCAACUAAAAAAUACAAAUAAUUCAAUGAAGUUGAAUAUGUAAAACAUCAGCGUGCUUUGCUGUGCAAAUCGAAUACGAAUUAAAGUGAUCUGCAGCCGCCGUUUUUUGGAAUGCGCUAAAAACACUCUCAAAUUUUGCGCAGCAGCAGAGGCAGUGGCUUGUGACGUCAAAAGGAGUCGUGUCGUCGUCCCCGUAUUGUGACAGAGAGAGACGGAGAGAGAGAGAGUAUCAGCGUUAACGGUUAUUCCUUUUGGACCUCCCUCUCUCUGUGUGUGCCACCGUCACCGCCGCGAAAAUGGAACAGCCGAACAUACUCGUCAAAAUCCUUCACUCGGUGCCGCAUGUGAACUACACGUUUCGCCGGGUGAACGACACUUUUAAUCCGGACAGCGAUAUAUAUCUCGAGAGUUUGGGCAUCCUUGCCUCAAUACCCGCCGGCCUCCUUAUCGUCUCGUUGGUGGGACUGCUGCUGUAUUUACUCACCCGCUGCUGUGAUCGACGCCAGCGGAAGCCGAGCGCCCAACGAUGCCAGAGCUGCACUUUGCUGAUCAUCACCCUGAUGACAUGUGCAGCCAUUGGAUUAGGCUUAUAUGGCAACGAUGACUUUCACAAUGGACUGCUGCAGGCAUUUAGCUCUGGGAAGAAUGUUGAGGGUCUCGUUCUCACCCUGAAACGGCAGACUGAAAGCAUUAAGCAUGACCUGGAGUCAAAGAUGGCCGGCCACAAGGUGGAGCAAAUGGUGGAGAAGCCACAAUACAAUCAGACGGUGGUGAUGCUGCUCAUUGAGACGUCGCGCCUGGUGCGAGAGAACACGUCGCGAGCUGUGGCCUCCCUGGACAGCAUGGUGCACUAUUUUAUGAAGGCCAAGGGCGGAGAGAAUGACACCUCAUUGAUGGGGCUGCUGCACAUGGGAGAACUCUACGAAUCGAUACGAUGGCCCGCCACCUUGGCCUUUCUCACUGUCCUGCUGCUGCUGUGCACGGUCCUGGUGAUUGGAGUGGCACGCAGGUCGCGUUGCACCCUGAUAUUCUUCAGUGUUUCGGGCUUGUUCUGCAUCAUCAUCUGUUGGCUGCUGGCGGGCAUCUAUUUGGCCUCCAGUGUGGCCGCUGGUGACUUUUGUAUGCGACCCCAUGACUAUAUGUGCCGACAGGUUGGAAUGCGGAGUCCUUAUGUGGAUUUCUUGAAUUGUGGAACGCCCAGAAAUCGUUUCAUUUUGCGUCUGAAUGAGAGCAGGGAUCUGGUGGAUCGGGCCCGAGAGAGUGUGGAAACCAUGCAGCGAAUGAGCCAAGAGACCUAUCCCCGCAUCGAUGUCCAGCGCACAUUGACGGCCAUGGACAAUGAUUUGGAGGAGACGCGUCGCAAUUUGACGACCCUUUCGGCCACUCUAGACCGCAGGGCCAUCGAUCGGCAUUAUGCGGAGGCGCUGCGAGGGCUCUGUGGCGGUGGAUUGCUGGGCCUUAGCCUCAUGAUGGUGGCUGGGCUGCUCACCUCCUUCCUGCUGACGAUACUCGUGUAUGCGGAUUCGCAUGCCUGGAUUUAUUUGAGCAAGCGACCCACGCUGGAUGCAGACAAAUCGGAGACGGCUCCUCUGUUCCCUGCCUCGAAUGCGCCCAGUGCUAGCAUCUCGCCGACGGCACCGCUGGGCACGGGGACAAUCAAUCGCACGCUGCUGCAUCAUCAGCAGACGCAGGGAGGUGGUGCAGGAGGCGGUGUGUCGAGCGGCGGUACGCUGCCAGGAUCCGGUGGAGGCGGAGCCGGAAUGAACGGCAACAAUGGCGUUGGACCGUACAGGAAUGGAACGGCGGGACUGAGACAAGGGUUGGCAUCACCAUCAUCACAAUCUCAAUCAAGCCACAGCUCAUCCACGGCCAUUUAUGGCCACAACCACAACCACCACCACAACAACAGCAACCAGAACCAGAACCAGAACCACUACAACAACAACCUCCACAACAAUCACUACAGCAACCACUACAGCAACAACUACAACACACAACUGCAACAACUGCAACAGCAUAAUAGAACUAACCAGACGACAGCGGCGGCGAUGGCCACGAUGGUUGCUCCAAUGACAAUGGCCAGCCACCACCACCCACGCACCUCGGUGUCGGGGGCCGCCAGAGGAGGGGGUCGUGGAUCGCCGUCGCCGCCGCCCGGCUAUGAUAUGGUGCAUGGCACAAGGUCCGGCCAUCACACAUUGGGACGUCUGCCGUCGCAUCAUCAGCAGAGCGCCUCGUAUAUGCAGGGACCGAACAAUGGAAAGUACGCGACGCUCAGCAAGCAGUGUAAGACGCUCGAAUCGAACGACUUUUACUGAGAUUCGCUUGCCUGCAGCACUUAUGCAGGCAAUAGCAACAGCACAGCCCAGCAGCAACAGCAGCAGCAGCAGCAGUUCCAACUGCAGCUCCAGCUGCAGCAACAUACCCAUCAGCAGCAGAGCAGCAACAUCAUCAAUCAGCACCAGCACCAACACCAGAACAGCAGCAGCACCCUGAAGAACAUAUUCGCUUCGGCGACCCUGCCCCGCUCCACGGGCAGCUCCAUCCGAUCCGUGCUCUCCGCACAGACGGCCAAUGCCAUGUGCAGGUCCACAGGCAAUGGCCUGGAUAUCGGCAACGAGGGGGGGCUGGUCGACGACCGGGAUCCCCGUGAUGUCACAAACACCAGCUUCAAUCGCUUCGAUCCCAAGUACAUAAGCAUCGGACCCAAGGCGGUGCGUGGCAGCAAUAAUCUGAAUAUUGUGGCGGCGGCGACUGCCAACAAGUGUGCCACAUUGCGGCAUGUGGGCCGCUACGGGGGCUCCCUCAAGGGUGUCUCCUCCUCGAUGGCCAUGGGUGCCUCACCGUCGCCGAAUCUGCGCAGCGCCAAGACGCCAUCGAUAGCCACAGUUUCAAAGGAUUACUGCCAGCAGCCGGACUGCAUACCGCAGGUGUGUGGCUCCACGGAGUUCCUUGUCCAACAGCAGCAGCAGCAACAACAACAACAACAAUUGCAGCAACAGCAGCAGCUGCAAAUGCAGAUCCAGUUGCAGAUACAGCAGCAACAACAACAGCAGCAACAACAGAUGGUGCCACCACCAGCACCGCCGCCACAACAGCAGCCACAGCCGCCGCCACAGAUGCAGAUUCAACCCGCACCACCGCCGCCGCCACCAAAGCCAAAGAAUACCUUCACAGAGAUACCCGGAACCACGGGCGUUGGGAGCUCCUAUGCCAAGGAGCAGCAGCAGCAACAGCACCUCCUGGCCCUACAGCAGCAGCAACAGCAGCAGCUUCUGGCCCUCCAGCAGCAGCAACAGCAACAGCAGCAGCAUCAGCAGCAGAUUCAUCCACCGACCACCCACAUUCUGCCGCCCUCGGCUGUCUACAGCAUCGAGAGCAGCGAGGUCCCGACGGCAGCUCCGCGGGUGGUGCAGCGCAGCCUCAAUCCGGCCUCGAUUGUGAACCAGCCGCUGCCGGAGAUACCCACGCAGUCGCCCACCCAGUCGAAGAUAUCCGCACAGCCGCUGUGCGCCGCCAGUCUGGGACAGUAUCGGUCUCUGCAGCGGCCCCAGAGCCACAAGAUCUCGGCCACCGCCACCCAGCCACAACAGCAACAGCAGCAGCAGCCGCCCUCCCUGCCGCCCAAGAACAGGCACAAGACCUCAAGAGGCGGAGGUGGAGGCGGCGGCGGUGGCGGUGGCGAUUCGAGCAAUGCCAACCACAUGCAGACUCUGCCACCAAAGUCAGCCAGCCUGCGGCAACAACAGCAGCAGCAGCAGACCGGGGGCUAUGAGAGGGAGCGAGAGAGGGACCGCGACCGCGACAGAGAGCGUGAACGGGAGCGGGAGAGAGAGCGUGAGCGGGACAGAGAGCGGCCGCGUCGUGCAGAGACGCUGGACAAUGCACGCAGCUAUGUGGAGCAGCAGCAAUACGGAGGUCAGGUGCUUGUCGGAAUGAAGAAACAGCACUCCUACGACAGCAGCAGUACGUACCAUCAUCACCAGCAGCAGCUCCAACAGCAGGCUCAGCAGCAGGCGGCCUUCUACCAGCGCCAGCACAACAACAACUAUCAGGGAGGAGGAGGAGGAGGAGGAGGAGGAGGAGGAAGCUCCUCCAAGCAACAGCAACAGCAGCAGCAGCAGCUGCUCAUCGAACAGCAGCAGGCGCUCUUCUAUCGCUCCCUGAAACGCGGAGAACGAGGAGCAGGCGGAGGAGGAGGCGUUGCCGUCACUGGUCCCGCCACCCAUGGGACACACUCCAGCCAUGCCCACGCGCACGCCCAUGCCUCACAUGCCGCCCAUGCCAGCAGCGACCUCUACUCCGUGACGGAGUUGUAGGAGUGCGCCUGCUGCGGCGGCGGCGUUGAUGUUGUGCGACGGGGCACAUCAUCAACGUCGCUGCACGCAGCGGCGGCGGUAGCCAGCACUCAGACCCAGACGCAGCAGUCGGCGCAGGCGCCCAUUCCCCUGCCCCCCAAAAAGCAUCGCUCAAUGCACAACCAACAGCAGCAGCAGCAACAGCAGCCGCCGCCGCCCUCCCAAUCCGCCUGCAAUGCUAAUCUGUGCGAGGAGCACGAGUACGAUGAGUACUUCCCGCAGCCAUACGAGCAGCAGCAACAGCAGCCGCCUCCCGCCCCCGUCCCAGGGGCAGCAACCAACACCACCUCCUCCUCGUCGAAGCACUCCAAGCAGCAGCAGCAUCAGCGAGCGGCCACCUUCGAUGUGGCCGAUGCCCGGGACUACGAGCUGAAGCGUCUAGGCAACCGGCGAUCCCAGCAGCAGGCGGCGCCUAGCAAGCGCAACGGUGGAGCCGGCCUUGCCGCUGCAGCAGUGGCAGCGGCGGCUGCAGCAGCCGAUCACCAUCACAGCCAUCGCAGCCAUGAUAGGGAGCGAUCGCGCAGCGAUCAUCGUAUAGCCAGCUAUGCCUGCGAGGAGGCAGUGGCAGCAGCGGCGGCGGCCCUGUGCAGUGCUGGUUCCAUGAGUGUGCUCCCCGCCAAUGGAUCCCAGCAGCAGCAGCAGCAGCACCAGCAGCAGCCACCAUCAUCCCAUCGUGGCCACCACCAGCAGCAGCAGCAGCAACAACAACAGCAACAGCAGCAGCAACGGCGGGAGAAAACUUUUAAAGUAUGAUUUUUAGAGACGUCAUAAAAAUUGUCCACUCCGCACCCGCCAGAUGGUGGCAGGGGCGGCUCCAGGCGACGAACGCGUUGAGGCGGAGGGCGGUCCAGGAAGCGUUGCGGAUUCUUUCGAUUAGAGAGCCCACACAGGAGGAACGCCCGAAAUUCAGUGGAACUGUGAACAAAAAUAAUUCCGAUUCUGCUGCUCCCAAUAGCCAUUCCAAAGCAAAACAUUUGUUUAACUUAAGUCUGUCUCUGUCUAACACCCACCCCCCCAAGAAUUCUGUCAUUCCCACAACCACUCUAUCUCUGUCUCUCAUUCGCUCUCUGUGUCUCUGAACACUGAGGGGACACUAUGGACAGCAUCCAUAUUGGAACAGCUGAGAGGCACACAGUGGCGUCCACAAAAUACAGACACCCAUGCACACAGACUCAUCCCGAUUGAUGCAACACUGUAGCUGUAAACUGUAACUGAAAAAACACAAACACACACAAACACAUACAUACAGACAUCAGUUCUCUGCUCUGUGUUGUUGCCUAUUGUUAUUAUUAUUAUUACAAUUAUUAUUAACCGAACUGUACUAUAAUUAACCAUCUACUCGUAUGUAAUAUGCCCACUUAUAUGUAUAAUUUUUUUUUAACACCCCCACCCUUUUAUGUACGAUAUAUUUAGUAUGUAUGCCUAUUUUUAGUGCGAGUCCCUAGUGUGUAAGAGCCAAAUUAUUUAUUUACGAGGAUAUUGUAGUGACCCCCCUGACAAAACGCCUAGAGCUUGAGCAGUGGUGGGAAGGAUUGACAUUUAGUAGAAAAUCUGGUAUUUUAAGACUUAAAGACCCGCUGUACUAACUUUUAAAAUGUAAUUUUAAUCAAAAUGAUAUGUAGAGCUUCCCAAUGCUUUUAGCCGCCACUGUACGUUUCCCCCACAACAAUUACAGUCGUGGCUCGAACUAUUGGGAAACCCUCGAAGAAAAUAGGAUUUCCAGGGAUCGAGCCUUCCCCCAACUCGCUCUUAGCUACCGCUUGUUCCCUUCCGACUCUUUCUUCCCUAGAGACGACAGAACUUUUAACUUUUGGUUUGUUUUUUGGACUUUAUGUAAUUUUAUUAUUUGAGAAUCCGUUGCGAGAACCACCACCACCAACAACAACAACACCAACAGCGACACGUACGUAGAAAUUUUUGUGACGUCAGAAAUCUAAAGCAAACUAAAGAAUCAAAAACAAAAAACAACAUGAAACCAAAUGCAGAAACAAAAACAGAAACAAAAGAAAGGAAAAGCGAAAAACAAAAUAAAUACCUUAAAUGAGGAAAGUCAAAAAACGAAAACAUUUCACGAAAUAAAAUUAUAAUAGUAAUAUUUAAACACUUGAAUAAAACUCAAAG